AUGGCAAUUGAAAUUUCUAUCAAAUCACAAAUCAAAGACUUGAUCUUGAGGACUUUUGGGUCAUCUACAUCGAAAGCAAGACACACUUCGCUCAUACCCUCUUCCAGCGUAACAUCAAAUGCUAUGAAAGGGGAUGAAGAGAGCGUGGCCCUCAAAGCAAUCGAAUUCCGAAGCUCCAUCCGGAGAGUCGGGGUACCAAUGGAAGUGAUGAGUUUAAUGCUUGGAGAGUUUGUGGAUGAAUAUAUUGCUCGUAUUGUGGAUUGCAACGAGCGAACGGAGGUAAGGGGAGAAGCAGAUGCCAUAACAAGACGAAGUGGGAACAAUGAUGUGGCAAAGCAGGAUCGCAAAAUGGAAGGAGGCAAGGAAACGCGAUGGAGUGGGCGUCGUGGGUUAAAUGCAGAGAUUAUAUUUUGCAUCGAUCCACUAACGCAACACAAAACGUCUCCAAAUGGGAUGAAUAGCUCUGAUCCACAGCCAUCAACCUCCGCAUCAAAAAUCAAUACUUCUGUCGGGGCUGAUGAAGCUAGCAGCAACAAGGCGCACCAGUUUAGCGUCCUUCUUCACAGUUUUCUCAAGGAAUGUAGCAUUAAUUAUGCACUUGCAUAA